GACCCCGCACCGCUAAAUGAGAGUGGGGCUUUACCCCAGACCUUCCGAUGCAUCGUGUGAGGAACGAGCAAUGCCCCUCCUCUUGUGGGGUCCCGUCAUGCAUUGAGGGCUCUCUCGUGACUGACCUGAUCAAGACACAAAAGCGCCGUGUAUCCCUCUUGUUGAGCACACUUGCACUUCCCUCAAGCACUCUACAGCCUUCCUCUCCAUCUCUACCCAUUCGAUUCCACCACACUUUCACUAGCUCAAAGGAAACGGGGUAUUACCACUUAUACCCUCGCAACAGCUUGAGGACCCAAGUAUUAACCCUCGUUCGUCUUACCCCAUCAAUCCAGGUUGCCAAAGAUGGACACCAAGACGUCCGCAGUGGCAGACGAGCCGAUUCAGGUCCUCUUUGCCCUGCAUGAUGGAUUCGACCUCAUGGACUUCGCUGGUCCUUGCGAGGUCUUAACCACCGCCCUGCAUGAUUCCAAAGACCCCACUUCCAAGGCCUUUGAGAUUACCAUUGCUGGAGGCGAGUCUCAAGACAAACUCCAAGUGCUCUCCGACCAGGGCGUCCUCAUCAACUCCCAUGUGACGUGGGAUGAGGCUCACAAACGUCUCAAAGAGUUUGACACUCUCAUCGUUGUGGGCGGCAGCUCCGAUAAGGUUCUGAAGAACAAUGCCGAACCACUAAACCUCAUCUCGGCCUACAAGACGCUCCAAGAGGACGACGUCAGCCGCGAGCGCACACUGUUAUCUGUCUGCACUGGAGCCCUAUUCCUGGCGAAGCAGGCAAUCCUCCCGGGUCUUCAUGCAACCACCCAUCCUGACUACUUCAUCAAGUUUGAAAACCUGUGCGCUGAGGUGACCAAGCGGGAUCUGAGCGACCAUACAACCCUCAACGAGGAGGCCCGUUAUGUCGUGAAUAAUCUGCGAUUCCCUGUCGAGGAUGAGGACCAGAGCCCAUACAUUCGGCGCAAGUCGGAUGCAGGUCGGCGCCCUAGUAAUGCGCGGAAAGGGUCAAUGUCCUUCAAGAACGCUUCACGGAGAGAGUCAAUUGCUCGGCGUCAGGAGAUGCGCCUGGGCGGCCUUCGUGUGAUUACAAGCGGGGGUGUUGCCUCUGGAAUGGAUGCAGCUCUGUAUCUGGUUAGCAUCCUGGUUUCGGAGGAGUCAGCCAACGAGGUAGCCCGGCUCAUGCAGUUGACCUGGACUAAGGGCGUCGUCGUUGAUGGCAUUGACGUGUAAGUUCGACAGCGAUUAGACUCGCGAGAUGGCGUCGCGGAGCGAUUUUGCUGCAUGAUAUCGACUGGGUUAGGAUCUAGUUAGUGCACAUUGAGAGCGAAUGUAAGAGUUACGAAGUGCUUUGUUUUACGUACAGGACACCCUAUUAGUUGGAGAUCUUCCCGUUCCAGGUUUCGACUUGGAAGGUUCCAUGUGAUAUAGGUAUGGUGAAGGUUAUGCUGCAUUCGUCGAAUGAUGGAACGAACCUUCACAGUGGAG